AUGAUAGCCAGAUCGGAAUUGUGUCUGGAUUUUGUCAAGAAUGGCGUGCUUGUUCCACUGCCGGUAGCUGCCCCUAGUACUGACGACGUCCCUAUUAUCGGAGCUGACGGCGUUAGAGCAGAUGUGGCGGAAGAUGAGCCGCGCGAAGAAGCCAAGGGCCCGGUAUUUGACGUGCUUGAAGACGUGAUCGCAAAGGCAGCAGACGAUGAGGUUGUUAAGGUCACGGAGGAAGAUGAGGGUGAAGAAGUCGGUGUGAAAAUGAACGAUGCAGAUGAGGUCAACGGGGUAUCCGAAAAACUUGAAUCAUCGCUCGACGUCGAGUCAUAUGGUGUUGCGGUAUCUUGUACAUUGGUGGUCGGUGAGGCCCCGGCUGGGGAGGAGUUUGUCGUUGCUGAAAUUGCGGACCCGGCUGCCACUGAAACCGCCGAAGCAGCGGAGGACAGAAGCGAAUUGACUUCCGUAUAG